GCUAAACCCUAACGUAUCCCUCAUCCGUUCAAGUUCAACUCCAUCCGAAAGCCCUAGCCUCCUUCUACCUCUGCUCUUUCAAGAUGCCGCCGAAGUUCGAUCCAUCGCAGGUCGUCGACGUUUACGUCCGUGUCACCGGAGGUGAAGUCGGUGCAGCGAGUUCACUCGCUCCUAAGAUCGGACCACUCGGUCUUUCUCCAAAGAAGAUCGGAGAAGACAUCGCCAAGGAAACCGCAAAGGACUGGAAGGGUUUAAGAGUUACUGUCAAGCUCACUGUUCAGAAUCGUCAGGCUAAAGUCUCCGUCGUCCCUUCCGCCGCUGCUCUUGUCAUCAAAGCGCUGAAGGAGCCUGAGCGUGAUCGUAAGAAGGUGAAAAACAUUAAGCACAGCGGCAACAUUUCUCUUGAUGACGUGAUUGAGAUCGCUAAGAUCAUGAGGCCGAGGUCCAUGGCUAAGGAGUUGCAAGGAACUGUAAAAGAGAUCCUUGGAACGUGCGUAUCUGUUGGUUGUACGGUUGAUGGAAAAGAUCCGAAGGAUUUACAGCAGGAAAUUGCUGAUGGAGAUGUUGAGAUUCCUCUGGAUUGAUGCAGAUUGCAAAGUGUAUUCGGAUUCAAGUGAGGAACUUUCUUUGUCUUCUCAUAUAGUUUUCUUUUGAAUUUUCAGUUUUUAUCCAUUUCUUGAGGUUUACUUUCAUCAAAUCAUCAUUUUGUUUAGACAUUUGGAUGAAAAUAUUCGUUUUUAGUUUGUCGAAUUUAUCUAUGAAGCUUCGAUCCCUAUUCUGAUUGAAAAAAUAUCAUCUUUCUACUGCUGAAGCAUAAUCUUAUUAUUCUUGUUCUUA